UUUUUUUUCUCAUUUUACUGUGUGAGCGUUGUCAAGGACAUGGGAGAUUUUGGCGUGGUGGCCAUACACAGAUCUCGUGGAGGUAAAUUGGUGCGAGGUCUCUCCCGGGUGGAUAAUUGCUGGAUCUGGAUCUGCCCAGCUCCCGUGAUUUGAGGCUUGCUUUGCUUGUGGGUUGCGUGUGAGCGGCACGAAUUUCUCCUCGAGUGUUUUUUUUUUUGCUUUCGAAUCAUCGAAAUGAGCGAGGAAUCAGAGAAGGUUGUGGCAGUGAUACUCGUGGGAGGGCCAACUAAAGGAACUCGAUUCCGGCCAUUGUCUCUCAAUGUCGCUAAGCCGCUCUUCCCGCUGGCUGGACAGCCCAUGGUCCAGCACCCGAUUCUCGCUUGCAAAAAGAUUGAGAAUUUGGCACACAUUUACUUGAUAGGAUUCUACGAGGACAGGGAAUUUGCCUUGUAUACGUCCGCGCUCUCGAACGAACUAAAGGUUCCUGUAAGAUAUCUCAAGGAAGAUAAGCCCCACGGCUCUGCCGGUGGCUUGUAUCAGUUCCGGGACUUAAUUUUGGAAGAAGACCCUACAGACAUUAUAGUACUGAAUUGCGAUGUAUGUUGUAGCUUCCCUCUCACGGACAUGCUGGCUUUCCAUCGCAAAUGUGGAGGCAUGGGAACUAUCUUAGUGAAAAAGGUGUCACCGGAAGUGGCUAGCGAAUUUGGCGAGCUUGUAGCAGACUCAGACAGUGGCGAAUUGCUACACUACGCUGAGAAGCCCGAAACCUUCGUAAGCGACCUCAUCAACUGCGGCGUUUACAUCUUUAGCCCCGAGAUUUUCAUCGCGAUUCAAGACGUUAAAUCGGCACGCCAUGAUAGAGCUGUUCUUCGUCGACUUACAAGCUUUGAGGCCCUUCAGUCCGCUACCAAGACAUUGUCGGCAGACUUCAUUCGCUUGGACCAAGACAUUCUGACACCGCUAGCUGGAAAGAAGAAGCUGUACGCUUAUGAAACUCAAGAUUUCUGGGAACAGAUCAAAGUUCCAGGGAUUUCGCUAAGAUGCUCGGCUCUGUACCUUGGACAGUAUCGAACUACUUCUCCACACUUGCUUGCGAAGAGCGACAGCAAAGGUGCUAUUGUUUCCGGCGAUGUUUACAUCCAUCCCUCCGCGAAAACUCAUCCCUCUGCGAAGAUUGGUCCAAACGUUUCCAUUUCUGCGAAUGCUCGCAUCGGACCAGGUGUGAGGCUUAUCGGCUGCAUAAUCCUUGACGAUGUCGAGAUAGAGGAAAAUGCGGUGGUCAUGAAUGCGAUUAUUGGAUGGAAGUCCUCGCUUGGAAGAUGGGCUCGUGUACAGGUAAAAGACCUUUUUAAUUAUUCUUGUGUAGAGCCUACCGGGAGAUAUCAGGGUGGCGGAGACUACACUACAAAGUUGGGCAUCACAAUUUUGGGCGAGGGCGUUUCUGUAGAGGAUGAGGUCGUGGUGAUCAACUGCAUAGUUCUCUCUCACAAGACACUCAACCGAAGUGUCCAUGAAGAGAUCAUUCUUUGAAGCGAUUGACUAAAAUAACCCCAGAUUACGGAA